UCUUCUUCACAUGUAAAAGAUUCUACCAGCACUGUGGGUGCUGCUGGUGCUGCACCUUGUUCAAAUGCAUUUGCAAAUGAUGGUAGUUUUAUGGCAAUGUUUAGGAAAAAAGUCAAUGAGGAACAAAUGAAUAAAGAAAGCAAAGGUGUUAAACGACCUGUGGGGCGAAGGAAAGGCCCGAAAAUGUUAAAAACUGGUGUUGUAGCUAAAAAGGUCAAAGACGAAGAAGAAGAGGAGGACACAAACUCUGAUGCAUGGUCGAAAUAUUUAGCUGAAGUUCGAAAAUAUAAAUCUCAGAAAUGUAUUGAAGAUGAUGGAGGUAGCACUCCAUUGGUUAAG